AUGAAGAGCCACACUGGUGCUGUAUUGACCAUGGGUAAGGGCGCCAUCAUCGCUAUCUCAACCAAGCAAAAGAUCAAUACCGACAGUUCGACUGUAGCAGAGUUGGUUGGAGUACACGAUGCACUACCUAUGAUCAUGUGGUCCAGAUACUUCAUCAUUUCACAAGGAUACGAAGUAGUCGACAACAUCAUCCACCAGGACAAUCAGAGCGCCAUGCUGCUGGAGAAGAAUGGAAGAUCAUCUUGCGGCAGGAAGACAAGAGCCCUCGACGUGCGAUACUUUUCUAUUACUGACAAGAUCAAGAGUGGAUUCAUGAGAGUACUUCACUGCCCGACAGCCAAAAUGCUGGGAGACUUCUUCACCAAGCCUACGCAGGGAACACUGUUCCGCACAUUCAGAAACCUCAUUAUGAACCCUUCCGACCAAUACUCCUAA